AUGCCGUCCGUCAAGAACCCGAACGGUCCCUCGAAGAACCGCCUGGCUGCGCGCCGCGCCAGUGCUCGCAAGCGAAGCCAGAAGGCGUCCGCCGCCGGCCAGACCAAGGUUAACAAGGCAGACCAGAAGCGCGGGGCCGGAGGCGGUCUCCUGCCGACAAGCGGUCCCAACAGAGCGCUCAGCGCCAAGGCACAGAAGAAGCUGGAGCGCAGAACGGCACGUGCCAUGAAGAGGAAAAUGGAGGCUGAAGGCGAGGUUGAAAUGAAGGAUGCAUCUGAGGUAAAGCCGAAGGACAAGAAGACGACUGACGAAGAUGUCGCCAUGGACGAGGACAACAUCUCAUGA